AUGGCCUCCUUGUGUAGACAAAUUGUUCGCGCAAAUGCUUGCAGAAAUCUUAUUUUAUCAACUGCCCGUCGGGGAUAUGCGGAUAGAAUGAUGCCUGAUCCCAUGGAACAUGCUACUGGUCUCGAGAAGAAAGAAUUGUUGGCACUACAGUCUGGAAAUGAUGAUCCCUUCAACAUGAAAGUUUUAAAGAAGGCAGCAGGAACACGUGACAAUCCCACCCUUGUACCUUCUUGCUUCGAUGCACGCAUUGUUGGAUGUAUAUGUGAAGAACACUCCACAGCAAUCAAUUGGCUUUGGGUACACAAGGAUCACCCUCGCCGCUGUGAGUGCGGCCAUUGGUACAAAUUAAUCGAGAAGACACCACUCUAA